AUGGCUCUGCCACCUGACUUAGAACAGGUUGACUGGGAGUUUGGAAAGGCAGAGAGUUCGAACUGUGAAAAGAAAGAAAAAGGAGCAGAAGCGGAGGUGGUCCCUUCAGAUCCUCCUGCUUCCAAAAAGCCCAAAAUAGAUGACUCUGUUUCCCAGUCUCCAGCUUCUACUGAGAAGGAAAAACAGUCCAGUUGGUUACGGUCCUUAUCCAGUUCAUCUAAUAAGAGCAUUGGCUGUGUCCAUCCCCGUCAGCGUCUCUCAGCUUUCCGGCCCUGGUCCCCCGCUGUAUCAGCAAACGAGAAAGAGCUCUCAACCCAUCUUCCCGCAUUGAUCCGAGACAGUUUUUACUCCUACAAAAGCUUUGAGAAUGCAGUGGCCCCCAAUGUGGCGCUGGCACCUCCAGCCCAACAGAAGAUCGUCAGUAACCCCCCCUGUGCCACCGUAGUAUCGCGGAGCAGCGAGGCGCUGAGCACCACUGUCCAGCCACGGAAAAGAAAACUUGCUGCAGAGAACAACACAACUGUCCCAGAACCAGCAGCCACGGUUGCGGCCACUGUUACUGCCGCUGAAGAGGACAAGGAAUCAGAAGCAGAAAUUGAAGUAGAAACCAGGGAAGAAUUCACCUCCUCCUUAUCCUCGCUCUCCUCCCCAUCCUUUACUUCAUCCAGCUCCGCAAAGGACAUGAGCUCCCCGGGGAUGCAGGCCCCAGUCACAGUCAGCAGCUCCUACGAGGCUGCCGCGCACUCUGACUCUCACAGCAGUGGGCUGGAAGCUGAGCUGGAGCACCUAAGGCAGGCCCUGGACAGUGGCCUGGAUACAAAAGAAGCCAAAGAAAAAUUCCUUCAUGAAGUUGUUAAAAUGAGAGUGAAGCAGGAAGAGAAGCUAAAUGCUGCCUUGCAAGCCAAGCGCAGUCUCCAUCAGGAGCUGGAGUUCCUGAGAGUGGCCAAGAAAGAGAAACUGAGAGAAGCAACAGAGGCGAAGCGCAACUUAAGGAAAGAGAUUGAACGUCUGAGAGCUGAGAAUGAGAAGAAAAUGAAGGAAGCCAACGAGUCUCGGAUACGACUGAAGAGGGAACUGGAACAAGCCAGGCAGAUCCGGGUGUGCGACAAGGGCUGUGAAGCCGGCAGGCUCCGGGCCAAGUACUCAGCCCAGAUUGAGGACCUACAGGUUAAGCUUCAGCACGCAGAGGCUGACAGGGAGCAGCUCCGGGCUGACCUGAUGCAUGAACGGGAGGCGCGGGAACACUUGGAAAAAGUAGUCAAGGAACUUCAGGAACAACUGUGGCCUAAACCCAGCAGCCAACCCAGCAGUGAAAACACAACGAGCAAAAUUGAGAACUAA